AUGAUAUACGCAAUUAGUACGGGUGUUGUUACGAGUGCAGUAGCGAUAUCGGUGAUCAUCGUGCUUAUCUUACAACCCUCCAACUUGAUCUACCUCUCCAUUUUCGAAGCCGGAGCGAAUCUGUAUGCCGUCUCAGUAUUGGCAAGGCUCAACUCGCGAACGCCCAAAAGAACAUCCUCGCCGAUCAAUAUCGUCGGUGAUGACGUUGAAUCGAAUUUCUUGACUACCUUUCGGGCUGCAAUUAGGGAAACAGGUACUAACACGGCUGAAACUUCCUCUACGGAGCAAAGUUCUGGAAAAAGCCAAGCUCCAAAUAAACUACCAGCCGAGAUGUCAGGGGAAACUUCUCGGUAG